GGCCGCCGUCCCCGGAAGUGACGACGUUGGAGUCGGGAGGCGGCGGCUAACGGGCGGGAAGUUAGGUGAAGCGUGUUUUGGUUGAUGGUGGAACUGUGUCUGUUGAUGGGAAGGAUUUUGGAGAUAUUUUGUGAUGUUAGAGAUCAUUCUUCGCUAUAUGAAAAUUCUAAAAUUGAUGCAUCAACAUAACCAUUUUACUGUAUUUUCUGCCUUUGUGGAUCAUUCAAAGAUUACGUCAUUGGGUUUAAAGUGCUCUGGAGCAUCCUGAGAUGAUGAAAGACUAUGUAGGAAUUUUGUCCCUUUAUUAAUGAAAUUUGGCAUCAUGAUGUUGAAGCAAUGGAAGGUCUCCAAUAAGCUAUUCCAAAAUCAUCGGACGAUUCUUGGCCUUCACCUAGGUUUAAGGAAAUGCAGCAAAUCUACUUCUGACCUUUCUGGAUUUAUUGAAGCAUUGAUUGACCUUUGCCAGAACAGACAUUUUGUAUAUGGAGAUGAGAUUACACAAGACAUGCUCAUCGACGGUUGUUUUAAUUAUGGACAUUUGGGAAUGGAACUCAAGCGGAACUUGGCUUCUAACUGGUGGGACUCGAUGGUGUUAUCUAGGGAACAGGUGUUUGGAGUGCAGAGUCCGCAUCAGUUGAAGGUGAAUCACAAUUCUGACAGCAAGUCAAUGAAAUUAGUGGAUGUGGCAGCAUUACAAAUGUCAUUAGAUAACAAAGAAGCUAAUAAAGAAGGAAUUGCCUCACUAACAGACCUAUUAAAGGAAUGCAUCGUAUUGCGACCUAAUCUCCUGCAAGGAGCAUUUCGUGAAUACACCAAAUCUUUGAACCUUGUGAACAGGAAGUUACCUUUUGGUUUGGCUGAAAUCGGGGUAUGUUAUCAGCCCAUUCCUACAACUAAGUACACAACUGUACGUAAUAUGAUAAGAACCACAGAGAUGGAAUUAGCAUCAUUGGUAUGGUUUAGUUCUCCUCGGACUUCUGGACGUUGGCUAGACUACUGGGUGCGUCAGCGCUUACUGUGGUGGAGGAAAUUUGCCAGAAGUCCAUCCAGUUUUACAGCCAUGGAUUCCCAGAAUAGCGAUGGAAUUAAAGGAGCUGCUCUGUGCUUCACUUUUCCUUGGGGGAAGGAACCUAUCGAGACACUGAUAAAUCUGGGAGACAAAGAUCUUUUGCGUGAACACCAGGGAAAUAAAUCAAGCUUGCAGGGCCGAGAUGGAAGGAAGACGGUUGUACCACAUGUUCUCUCAGUGAGUGGGAAUCUGGAUCGAGGAGUGAUGGCAUUCUUAUUUGAUUCAUUGCAGUUGACUGAAAAAAUUGAUUCUAAAUUAAGAAUAAGUCAGAAAAAGGUGCUAAAGCUUCAUCCUUUUCUGGCCCCAUUUAAAGUAGCUAUGGACAUGGGCAAAGGACCAACAGUUGAGUUGCGACAGGUAUGUGAGGGACUAUUCCAAGAACUGUUGAAGACGAAAAUUACAGUCUGGCCUGGCUACCUCGAAACUAUGCAUAUAUCAUUGGAGCAGCUCUCUAUGAAGUACGAUGAGAUGGGAGUGAUUUUUACAAUUGUCGUCAGUGAGACUACAUUAGAGAAUGGUCUGGUACAACUCAGGAACCGAGAUACAGCCAUGAAAGAGAUGGUUCAUAUCUCAGAAGUGAGGGACUUUCUCAUCAAGUAUAUUUGGCAAUCUUGAGAAAAUACAGUACUAAAUCUUCAUAAUAUUGAUUAUUUAAAAUAAAGCCGCCACCAUCAAACUUCCAGUAUUAUUUUUUUAAUGUGGAAAGCAGCCAGAGCACAAGGAAGAAACCCAAGUGGUCACGGGGAGAACAUACAAUCUCCUUACAGACCGUGGCGGGAAUUGAACCCUGAUAAACAAUAAGCUGUUUUGUUGAGAAAGGAUUAUUAUCCAUUUGCUUAUUUAGAAUUGUCAUUUCCAUUGUUUGAAAACCAGUGGUUUGUAGGGAAAGUUUUUAUAGGCUAUUAGUCACUUGUCAGUGUAUGUUACAUAAGUCACCAUUAAGCUUACAUGCUGCCAUGCCAACUAGAGAAGCACAAUGAAGUCAUUGAAAUGAAGAGCAAGUGUGUAUGAAAAGCCUUUUGGUAAAAGCUCUUUCCUGUAUCAUUUAUCUCCCAAUGAGAACAUACCUAAUCUACAUCUCAUAUCAUAGUCACAAUAUCAUUACUGCAGCCUGGCCUUCCACAUUUUUUAUGUCAUCAAAACUUGGCUAUCUUACUUUUUAUCUCUUCCUACAGGUCUUCCAUAUGAAUAUUAGAUUUUUAAUAUUUAAUAUUUGUAAUCCAGGGAGUGGGAAGCGCAGAAUCAAAUAUCACUGUGAUGAUUGUACGUUCUAGUAUCAAUUGUUUGGCAACAAUAUAAAGUAUAAGAGAUAAUUGAGGACCCUGGAGUACUCUACGAGCGAAUCUAAACAACCAUAAAAAUUCCCUUUUAUUCCAGUUCUGUUUUCCAUGUUACCUCUGUCACAUAAGAAAAGAAAACUGGUAAUUACCAAAUAAAAAUAAUUAGAUCUUUAAUCUUAGACUCUAGGAUCCUAAAAUUUUACAUCUGCCUGGAUGAAGUUUUGAUCCUUCUGAUUUUAAUGAUUUUAGACAAAUACAAGACCCCGGGUAAUCAUUUAGUUGGGCAGUUUAAUACAAUGUAGCAAUAAAUAUUUAUUUAUGUUAAAGCGGUGGGGGGGGAGUUGUUAUGUUCUUAAUUAGUAAAGACAUUAAAGGUUAAGGGGAGAAGGCAGGAGAGAAUGGGGUUGAGAGGGAAAAUAAAUCAGCCCCAUAAUAUAAUGGCAGAGCAGACUUGGUAAACCAAAUGGUCUAAUUCUGAUGCCAUGUCUUAUGGCUUUAUUAAAUUGGCACUAUUGCUGAAAUAGUCAUGAAGAUCUAAGAAACAGAAAAAAACAUCUUAAAAUGCAAAAAAAAAUAACAUGGGCAAAAUUUAUCUUUAACUGAGGCAGAACAGGAAUUUUGGGCAAUAUAUGGUUAUACAUUUGAGCCCUUGUUGCUGACAGAAUUUAAUGAAAAUUCAUCUUUAAAAUUCUUUUUAAAAAGUUGUGGUUCUGAAACAUGUCUCUUUCUUACCCACCCAUCUCAAAAAAAAAGUACUCCAUCUGAUAGUCUGCAAAAGCCCAUGCACAGAGAUGGGUGGAAUUGUGUUUACAUGGUUGUUCAAAAGAUGGGGGAAGCAAAUGGAAAUGUUUUGGAGGGUAUUUAUUCUACCAGGGAGGUGGUAUUUGCAGGCUUGCAGUCUAUAGGAGCAAACUGAAAGAUCACACAGAGUUGGUGUUCAAAACAACAGGUGAUUUAUUUCUUAAAAAGACUGAUGUGGCAAAAGCUGAUCUACCUGAGUAUGAAUUUGGUACGGGUUUUAAAAUUUUCAUUUGAUGAGAUUACUAGUAAAACUAUAUUUUGAUAACAGAAUGGUGACUACAGGAAAGCUUAAUUAAGUAACAGACUAGGUUCUUAUUACAGAAUAA